AUGGCACCUCUCGAGUCACACAUGGAGCAGAUAGCUCUAUCUUCAAACGCAAUUGCGGAACUGCCGUUUCCGCCUCCCCGCAUUUUUACCAACGCGCUUCUGGGCUCGCACGACAUCACAGCCCUGAUUCGCGACACGGAAGUCCAUGAACGAGCGCUAUUCCAAGUUGAUCCGGAUAGCAAAAGCCAUGGUGGACAACGACGUGCCACGCGACGCGGCACGACAUUUUCGGCAGAGCCUGAAAAUGAGUCCAUGGCCAGCCGCAUAUAUACUGCCCGAAACAAUCGCAACCAGUCUGCGGUAGCGCGAGUACUGGGGCACGAUAUGAUGGAAGAGAUUAAACGGUCAGCGGGUCCUUCUGGCCGAGGUGGACGGGGAGACGUCAACAUUGAGGUCCUGCUUCGAGGGGCCGAGAUCUUGUGCAAUGUCUACCCAGUACCGGGGGCACAAGAGAAAAUUGAGACCCUCCGAUACCGCCAUGAGACGAUAUCCGAAUCGAUCGCACGACUUGAAGCCCGAGUUGCUGCCAGUACUGCGGAAUUGGAGCAGAUGCGCCACUCAUACGGAGAUGAGGAGGAGGAGCUUGCCCCAGCUCCAGUAGCAAACCCGGAUACCCCAAAUGUCACCGAGGAAGACAUUGAGCGUGAGCUAUCCGAGAUUCGAGAGCUUGAGCGAAGGAAACGUACACUUGAAGCGCGAGUCACUGGUCUUGAUCGAGAUCUUGGAGGGCUCUUGUCUUGA